UAACCACUUUUCAUUUUUUAAAAUAUUGAAUACGUCAGGUAGUAGCCUAUUCCAUUCUCACUUUAAAUAUCCUGAUUCGUUGACUUGUCACUUGACUGACAUUAACGGAGAAGCAACUUGUCUAAUUAAACAGCCUUAAUUAGAACAUUGUAGCCUAGACAAAAAAUUCUUGCAUUUUUGCACAAGAGAUACAGAAUGAUCACAACAGGCUCUUCAAGAUUUAUGCUUUUCCUUUGUUUCAUUCUUCUACAUAUUGCUAAACCCACAAUUGCCCAGCAAGACUUCCUGUACUACUUCUGCGAAAACGGCAAAGGUGACUAUACAGCAAAUAGUACGUACCAGGCAAACCUCAAUGCCCUCCUCUCUACUGUUUCUUCAAACACCAAUGGAUUCUACAAUUUUUCUGUUGGACAAAACUCAGACAAAGUAAACGCAAUGGCUCUUUGUAGAGGAGAUGUUAAAGUAGAGGAUUGCCGUAGUUGCCUCAAUGAUUCUCGACAUAAGCUCACUCAGCUCUGUCCCAACAAAAUGGAGGCUAUUGGAUGGUAUGACGAAUGUAUGUUACGCUACUCAAACCGCUCCAUAUUUGGCACAAGAGAAGUCUCUCCUGAAUUUUGGAUGUGGAACAUUAAUAAUGUAUCAAGUGUGGAAGAAUUCAAUCAAGUGCUGAGGACAUUAAUGGACAGCCUGAAAAGUAAAGCUAAAUCUGGCGGUUCGGUUCUCAAGUUCGCUACUGGAAAUACAUCUGCCCCGGAUUUUAAAACAAUGUAUGGACUUGUUCAGUGCACUCCCGACUUGACAAAUAUGGACUGCAAUGACUGCCUUGAAACCAUAAUUGGAAGUAUUUCAGAUUGUUGUGAUGGGAAGCAAGGAGGAAGAGUUUUAGCUCCCAGUUGUAAUAUUAGGUAUGAGGUCAAUCGUUUCUAUGACCCUACAACUGACGAUCAAGCACCACCGCCUCCUCCGCCGUCAAACAAUGGUAACUCUUCUGGAACCGUCGUCAUCAUAAUCAUUGUUGUCUCAGCUGUUGCUCUGGUUAUAUUUCUUAUCCUCAUCUGCAUCUGCUUCAAAGUGAGGAAGCCCAAGAAAAAAAUUGAAACUGUGGAUGAAAUCAGAACUGCAGAGUCCUUGCAAUAUGAUUUUAACACAAUCAAAGUUGCGACAAACGACUUUUCCGGAGCAAAUAAACUCGGAGGAGGUGGAUUUGGUGCUGUGUACAAGGGCACGCUUUCUAAUCAACAAGAUGUAGCUGUAAAGAGACUAUCUAGAGAUUCUGGACAAGGAGAUCUAGAAUUUAAGAAUGAAGUAUUAUUAGUGGCCAGGCUUCAACACAGGAAUCUGGUUAGGCUACUGGGUUUCUGCUUGGAAGGUGAAGAAAGGCUUCUCAUCUACGAGUUUGUGCCUAACACAAGCCUGGAUCACUUCAUAUUUGAUCCAAUUAAACGACACAAUUUGGAUUGGGAAAGGCGAUAUAAAAUUAUAGAAGGCAUUGCUCGAGGACUUCUUUAUCUUCAUGAAGAUUCUCGAUUACGUAUCAUUCAUCGUGAUCUCAAAGCUAGCAACAUUUUGCUAGAUGCAGAAAUGAAUCCAAAAAUUACAGAUUUUGGUAUGGCAAGAUUGUUUCAAAUGGAUCAAACUCAAGGUGAUACAAGUAGAAUUGUCGGAACCUACGGAUAUAUGGCUCCGGAGUAUGCAAUGCACGGGCAAUUUUCAGUAAAAUCAGAUGUUUUUAGUUUUGGCGUGUUACUUUUGGAGAUUGUAAGCGGACAGAAAAAUAAUUCUUUCCUUAACGAGGGGCAUGUGGAGUACCUUCUUAGCUGUGCAUGGAGAAAUUGGAGGGAAGGAACAGCGUUGAAUCUUGUAGAUCCAACAUUGGGAUCGGGUUCAAGACCUGAAAUGAUUAGAUGCAUUCACAUUGGGCUACUGUGUGUUCAAGAAAAUGUAGCAGACAGACCAACCAUGGCUUCAGUUGUUCUAAUGCUUAAUAGCAACUCUUUAACUCUCCCAGUUCCCAAACAGCCUGCGUUUUUUAUGGACGGCACCACAGAAUCUCACGUCUCAUGCUCACGGGACAUUAAUCCAGGGUUGACAAACCCGAACAUUCCGGAGGGGAAACGAAGCCACUUUCAGUGAAUGGGGCUUCAAUUACCGAGCCAUAUCCUUGGUAGUUUUGAGGACAAAUGUUUGUGUAAAAUUUUAUUGAAAAAGGAGAGACAAGGCAUACAUAUAAAUUUAUGUUUUUACGGAGUAAUUCCUAAACCAUGUUCUUC